AUGCAUAUCUUGAUAAUUCUGGGUAUUUUAAUGAAUGUGCACGCAUUUAAAGAAAAGCAUUUUACAGAACCAGGUUUGAAAGAUUUACUGCGUAAAAUUAAUGGACUUGAAGGAGAACCAAUGUAUUCUAGGGUUAAGAGAAAUGUAUUUGUGUAUCACAAGAAAAAUCAGAAAGAGAUGGUUGAGGAACAAUUUAAAGAGUACGAAAAAUGUUUGAAGAAGCGAGAGGAAGAAAGAAACGAAGGAAAAAAUACGAUUCGGGGGUUGUUAGUGUUAGAGGGCCAAAGUGUAAGACUUAGUUGCAAUCUGUGCCAACGACCUGACCAAGACUUUGCCAAGCUGCAGAUAAUAGACUGGCAACAACUUCGACGGCAAGACUCCGAUUUUGUAUUCGUUGAUCACGAAAAUGGACGAGUUAAAAUUGACAAGAGUACUCGUGAUCUUAUCUUUGAUGCAGUGGAUGUUCUGGAUGCAGGUCAGUAUUUUUGCAUAAACACCUACUACAGAGAAUAUGAGGAAAUCUAUCAACUUGAUGUGUUAUUCAAAGAACGACUUAAGACGACGAAAUACGAAGAUAUUGCGCAGGGAAAAGACAAGUUUCUUGGAGAAUAUUGGCUCAAGGAUCGCAACAUCAGAACAUUCACAGCUUGGUCUGAAUGGACUGACUGUCAGGAUUGUAACAAAAAAAGUAUCAAACGGAGGGUGGGUUUGUGCAUGGUCAAUAAAAUAGAUAAGAAUCUUCCUGUUUUGCCCUAUGACCUUCCAGUACUCGACCUUUAUCCCAGUGGUGUGCCUUGUCGGUCAACCGUGCUGUCUAAAGAUCUGGCUUCAGUGAAGCGUAUCAAAAUGAGGCGUAGCGAGGUCUGUUUGGCAGACUGUUACAAGAAUUGUCCAACAACGCCGGGUUAUACUCUCAUCAAAGACAAGAAUGGCAAAGUUAUUGAAACAGUAGAGGCUGGAUUUUACUCACUCAAAAAGCCACCGACUCUCCCACCUAUGGUCGUGCGCAAAGUUCUUUACGAACCUGUAAACAAACAUCUUAUUCUUAAAUGUCCAAAAAGUCAGAAGUCCAAGGCUUUGAUACGAUGGCAAAAUAACACAAUUGUCUUAAAUCCCCUGACAAUAAGACGACAAACCAGAGGACGAGUGUUCAUUGAUACUAUAAACAGACUGCACAUCCGGCGCCUGCGCAUGACCGACACAGCACCAUACAACUGCUGGAGCUCAACUGUUCAUUUAGCAACCAUUAAAGUGAUCGUCCAUGAGGCUUAUAACGACAUAAAGAUAAAAGAAUACAUCACUCUUACCGGGCUUGGUCUGACUAUUUUUUCUAUUUCAUGUAUUUUGAUAUGUACUGUUUGUAAAGGAAGGAAGAAGAAAAAGAGAAAGAAGUGAAUUUGAAAAAAAGAUAGGCCUACAUGUACUAGAUAUAGAUAUCUUUACUAGUAUUUAAGUUCCAUUGAUUCCUGCAAAAUUCUUUUUAACGAGAAAAUAUAUCUAAGUUUUGGGAAUUUGCAAAAAAAAAAAAAAAAAAAAAAAAAAAAAAAAAUGAAGUAGCAUAAGUAUGUAAAACAAGUACAAGUAUAUUCAAUCAAUGUAGAAAUGCUAUCUAGAUGUAUUUUUUUAAUAUUUAAUCUACUCUUUAUUAAAAAUUCACCUUAGACAAUCAAAAGUGGGUUUAUUAGCACAAUACUUUUGAUUGACUAAUGAUAUUUCACCGCUACGUUGGCUAUUUGCAUGAAACGGACUAAGAUAUUUUAAUCGAAGUCAAUAAAAUGUUUUUAUUUUAUUAUACUGAUUAAAUACAUGUACAAUUAAA